GCGCCGAGGCCAAACAUCGUGCUCGUCCUGUGCGACCAGCUGCGGUGGGACGCCGUCGGCUACGCCGCGCCCGGCAGCCGGGCCGCGCGCACGCCCGCCCUGGACCGCCUGGCGGCCGAGGGCCUCUCGGUGCAGUACGCGUGGUCGUCCACGCCGACGUGCACGCCGGCCCGCGCCGCGCUGCUGACGGGCUUGUCGCCCUGGCGCCACGGCAUGCUGGGGUACGGCUCCGUGGCUGCGCGGUACGAAGCCGAGCUUCCCCGAGCGUUGGCCGCCGCGGGGUACCUCACUGCAGCGAUAGGCAAGAAUCACUUCGGCUGGGACCCGGAAGCUGACAGGGGCGUCUCCCACGGCUUCCACACGACGUCCCUGUACGACGGGCUGGGCGCGUGGGACGCUGCAUCACCGCACUCGUGGAAGGGCGAGUGGGAUGACUACGACCGCUGGUUCGCGCGACAGAAGCCCGGCAGUGACCCUCAGGCAACCCUGGACGAUGUUGAUGGCGACGGAUGGAACACGUGGCAGGCGCGCCGGUACAUCUACGACGAGGCUCUUCACCCAACGGCCUGGGUCGGGCAGCAGGCCGUGCGGUUCAUCCAGGAGCAGCCGGUCAGCCCCAGCGCGGGGAGGCCGUUCUUCCUCAAGGUGUCCUUCCACAGGCCCCACUCGCCCUACGAUCCACCGCAGAGGCUGCUCGACGCAGUGCGGGCGGAAGAGCUGCGGCCUGUGCGGCUGUGUCCGGGCGCUGAGGCGUCCCGGAUCGCGCCCGCAGGCGGCGAGGAUUGGUGCUUGCAGUUCCGGGGGGCGCCGGGAGACCCGCCCGGCUGCGGUCCGAGCAGCCCCGACGCGUGGUGCGGCAUGAUGCCCGAGAACGAGACGACCUUGAGCAGGCGGGCUUACGCUGCCAACGGCCCGGUGGAUUUCGUGGACGAGUGGGUUGGCCACAUCCUGACGGCCCUGGAGGAGAGGCGCCUGCUCGAGCGGACGUGGAUCCUCUUCACCUCGGAUCACGGGGAUGGGCAGGGGGACAUGUUCCACUGGCGCAAGGGGUACCCGUACGAGUUCUCCGCCCACGUGCCGAUGGUGCUGCGCUGGCCCCAGGAGUGGGCCUCCAGGCAGCCCCCAGAGUCGCUGCGGGUGGCGCGCGGCAGCGUGGUGGCGCCACCGCUUGUCGCGGAGCUGAGGGACGUCUUCCACACCCUUGCGGAUGCCGCGGGCAUAUCCAGGAACUCGAGCCUCAUGCCGCCUCAGCUCUUCCACGAAACGGACGGGCGCUCCCUGCUCUGUUUGCUGCGCGACCCCACGGGCUCGAGGCACUGCGAUUAUCCGCCCAACCCGGGCCGCUGGCGCCGGUGGAUCGACAUGGAGCACAGCACGGUCUACAAUGUCAGCAACCACUGGUCGGCGCUGACCGACGGGAUGUCGAAGUACGUGUACAUCGCUGGUACUGGAGAUGAGCAGCUGUUCAACCUGUCGGAGGACCCGUACGAGGGCGUGGACCUGUCCAAGUCGGCACACCACCAGGCCGAGCUCGCUCUCUGGCGCGGCCGCUUGGCCUCGCAGUUCGAGGCCGAGAAUCGCGGCGGCGCGUGGGUGAAGGGCGGCGCGCUCGUGCGGCGCGCGCAGGGCACCACCUACUCGCCGAACUACCCUGGGCAGCACUCGUCGUCGGGCGAGGCCGCCAGGACUGCCGACCAGACGGUGCUGGUCUGA